AUGGCAGCUCACGACUACUACAUGGGCACCCAAGGCGUCCAUGAACUUCACGCCAGCCAGCCGCCGAACCCAUAUCACUCGAAAUCUCCUUACACGAAUACGCCGCCUCCAUCGUACUCUGCUCAUUCGCAAUCACCACUACCGCCAUCACAACAACCUUACGGCUACCCGCCUUACCAACAAUACCCAGAGAAACCACCCCAUCCACAAGCAAUGGCAGCGCCCUACCCUCAAUCGCCACCAGCAGGCUACUACCCCAAUCCAACACCGAUGCCGCAACCGCACCGCCAACAAAGCGGCUACCUAGGCGUACCACCCCAGCAUCAUAGAAGCCACUCGCAGCCCGCACGCGUCCGCUUUGCAGACCAAGAAUCCGAACACAGCACCAAUCUGGGCUCCAUCCCCGCCGCCUCCUCGUGCUCUGACUCUGGCUCGGACUCGGACGACUACUCGCGUCCUCGCCGCCAAAGUCGCCAUCACCAUCACCACCACUGCCAUCACCACCACCACAGCUCUCCGCACCGCCCACACCGCAGCCACUCGCGGCCCCACGACCGCACAUACGACUCGUCGUCCCCCAGCGACCGUGACCGUGACCGCGACCGCGACCGUGAAUCCUCAUCGCGCCGCCACAAACCACGCAAAUCCCGCUCCUACGACAAGCCCAACCACGACAAGACGCGCGACACCUUCCUGGGCGCCGGCGCCGGCACCCUCAUCGGCGACGUGCUAUUCCCUGGGCUCGGGACCGCCGCCGGCUUGGUCCUCGGCGGCUAUGGCGGCAGGAAGUAUGCGCAGGAAAAGGCGCGGGGGUCCGACGACAACACGAGUAAUGCUGGUGGAGCGAACAAUGCGGGACCGAGAAAACGGCAUCAGUAUCAUAGUGCGAGUCGGCGGGCGGGAGAAGACGGGUGGGACGAGAGGAGUGCGACGUAUAGGAAGGGUGGGGCUGUGAGGUAGAUAUAUGGGUUUCAUGCAUGGAGGGAGGGCUUUGUUUUCUGUAGAUUCUUCAAGGGUGCUGCGGGUCCAGCUCAGCUAUCACUGUUCACGAUAUCAAAGUGCGUAAUGUGUGAUAUCUUGUUGCUUCACGUCACCUGUUUAUGCUUGUUGGCAUACAACUGCAACUGCAACUGCAUACAUAUAUAUGCGAAUGCGAGAAAAUCGGG